CCUCUCCCCUCCCGCGGUUUCCCCCCAUUGCGCCAGCCAGCCAGUCCGCGUUACGUCGGCGAGUUGAGUGAACGCUUUUUCACUGGACUUGUUUUAGCACUUCUUUACGUCAUACUUCAUUUAGUACUAUAAUAUCUAAAAUUAAUUUAAAGCUUGUACGUAUCAUUUUAUAUUAUUUUGUUUAAUAACUACACGUUAAGAAAGAAAGUAUUAUAACUUUCAUAAAAUUUAUCAUGGCUUUGUCUUCUUACAGGUAGCGAGUUGGAACUGGGUGUGAACCCAGAUACGGUGUGUGGAGUUUUAUAUAAUCGUAAAAUAAUACUAUUAUCGAAGAAACUAUUAGUGAAUUUACAAAGACCUUUGUGCGUGUAGUGAGAUCAUCAGAUUGUGUGAUUUGGCAUUGAUUGGAAUUUGAUAAAGUGAAGUGAUUACUUCUUUUAGUGGUGAAUGUACAUUAAACUGGAUUGUUGAAUUCUCGGAUUGUGGAUUAAUGAGCGCUUUAUUCCGGAAAGAGAAGCCGAAGCCAUGAACGCAAAUAGAGGUUGUCACUCGCAUCAAGCAGGAUAGCCCAAAUCAAAGCGCAGACUGCAGACGGAAGUCAUAUUAUGGAUGUUACUUUCAACAAUGUACUUGAAGGGACGCGUCAAUAUUUUAUGGGACUACCUAAACAAGCCCAGACAGAGGGUUCAGGACAACAGGUGUGGCCUUCAAGUGGACUGCCAUCAGAAGAGGGUGCCCCGGCUCAAUCGGGUGUUCCUGCGCCGACGUCGCGUCCACCAUCCGCCGCUGCCGCACCGCCCACCACAUCUUCUACUGCAAUGGCAGUCGCCAUUCCGCCCAGGCCUCCAUCGGAGCCUAUCGAGCCGGAGCCUCAUAUAAUCCAUAAGGCGACUGUUAUGCGGGAGGCUGCUGAAAAGCGUCGAGAACUUCCUGAAGUUGAAGAUGAAGAAGAAUCGAUAGAAACUCUUUCGCCACCAUCGCACAUUAUACGUAAGCCUCCACGAACUUUGCCAUCGCCAGCGCCUGCACCUGCUGCUCCAUGUCCUUCACCAGCGAGACCGCCAUCUACAGCUCCUGUGCAACCACCGCCGACUUCGGAGCACCAUUUGGAGGUUAAUGCACAGUAUCGACCAUCUACUCAUCGAGUACCAACUCCUACAGCUAGGCCACCAGAUCACUAUAAUCCAGGACGUCCUCCGGAUCCUUACAGUAUUUCGAGGCCGCCUGAAGUAUAUGCGCGGUAUCACUAUGAAUCGAGUAUACCAGAUGUAAAUAGAAACUCGCACGGUCACACAAUACCUUCUCCACAACCAGCGGUGUCUGUGCGUCACAGUCCGCCGACAUAUACUAGAUUAUCGAGUUCUUUACCGCAACAUUCAGCCUCAAGAUUGCGUGAGUCCACUACUCAAAGUCCACCCGCUCAACGUUACGUCAUGCCCGCUUCUCAGCCUCCUCCUCCGCUCAAUGAUCGCGUGCCACCUAUUCAUCAUCCACAAGUAGUGCCGCCUCCACAAAGAUUAGAUGUCCGUUCAUCACAGACUUACACCUCUUUGCAGCACAGACGCGAGCCGUCACCUUAUGGCCGCUUAAGUACGCAUUAUGAAAGACAUCCAGCAGUUCCUACGAGAAAAUAUGAUCCUCAACAUGCUUAUCCAGGCUAUAGACCAGCUUCAGCAACGGCCCAACCAAUUCAAAAUCAUCGAAUGGAGACUCAUCAUCCUUCUCAGUACAAACAUGCUGCGAUAGAUGUGAUGAAUUCGCAUUACUCAACAAGGCCACCGGACCGUGCACCGGCUCCAUCUCCAUUACAUCAACACGACUCUGCGCGGUUACCACAUCGUGUAGAAUAUGCCAAUGCGAGUCGAACUGUCGAUAGUAGAAGUACCUACCAUUAUCCUACUCCCUCAACUUCCACGUCUCGAUAUGGAACUAGCUCACAAGCUCCCGUGGCCCAAAAUUCAAAUCUUUUACCAAGAACGACUUAUAGAGCUGGAGCGACGCCUAAAACCAAUUAUGAAUACUCUGCUUCCAGUUCCGUCCAAACAUCACCAGCGCGUUCCGCACUUAAAUCGGGAUAUCCUAAUCAACAAGCUCGCAUGACAGUAUCUGUUACCACACUCGUGAACCAAUUGAAUGAAACCAAACAAAAACAGAACGUUCCGAUAGCAGCUUCACCAAGUUCUAGCCAAGUCAGUCAUCCGAAACAAAAACGAGAAUCACCACUAGAUUUAUCAGUCAAAACUGUAAAAAAUUCGGCAGAUUCUUCAACAACCCAGGAUGAUAUGAUAGAUUCAGUAUCAAUGGAAAAUAAAACGCUGUCCUUACAACCUCGAAUUCCAUCUGGCAACGGUCAGCAAAAUGUAUCUGCAGGAGCAAGUUAUCCUUCAUCACAUAAAGUAGAUUUCGCGCCAAAUUUUAUGCAAUACAGAGAAAGAAAUAAUCAUCAUGCUAGUAUUAAUGCUACAGCUCAAAGUAAUCAGCCAUUACGUUACAAUGGAUCAUGGACCCGAAGACCUACUUCUGAAUUAUAUGUAACGGAACCGCAAAAUCACACAUACCCUGAACGCACUAAAUAUAGCAGUAGUUCUGGUAGAAGCGACUAUGUUCCUAGAAUUGACCUCACAAGACCAAUCAGCGAUCAAAGGCAUGAAAGUAGACGCGAUGAUAGGUCAUAUAUAGACGAAAGAAAAAGGGUAGCAGGCCCGAUUGUUAGCAACAUCCCAGAAAAGAUUGUUCGGUAUGAAACUUGGACUUCAGAUAGUCGGAUAGAGCGAAUGAGUCAAUUAGCUAGAGAACAGCAUGAGUUAAUUAGUCGUCCCGUAUAUAGUUACAAACAAUUUGAGGCUUACCAAAAUGAGCAAAAGCGCCCACCUGCAUCUAGUAUUUAUCGAGAACAUCAUUCACAUGCCACUCAUAGAUACUCAAAUAAUCAAUACCCUCCAGAACCAAUAAAUCGUGAAUCUAGCGAUUAUCGUGGUCACUAUCACGAUCGAAACAUGACUUCGACGAAUCGUCACCAUGUUAUACAAAAGCUUCCAAGUCAAAGAGAAUCACAUUCACAUCAUAUAGACCCACAAAGUGGUGUUCCAGCAGAUAAAAAAAUAUUGAGUAUACUGAGAAAUAGUUUGGAAACAAAGCAAACAGGGCACAUAGAACCAGCAAAGCCACCUAGACAGCUUCCGGAACUAAUUGUCAUUGAUGAUGUAGAUGACUCGGUAAUUGAAAUAACUGAUCUUACUAAAGAUGUUGAUGCCGAUGUUUCUGCAAAAAAUAUUUGUAAACCCGUCCAUAACGUACCAAGCCUGGAAAGCCAUAUCCAAUUACCGAAAGCUGUAGAUUCCAUACCUCAAGAUUUGGAUUGUAAUAAAUCAGAAAAUCUUGAUGUGAAAAGAAAAUCACCUGAGAAUGAUGUCGCUUCUAGAAUAAGAACUAAAGCAGAGUUGAAAGUAAUGCCACCGUCGGAAGAAAACAACAUAAAGUCUGAAAUGAAGCAAGAUGUGAUAUCAGGAAAUGAUAAAGUUAAACUUCAACCAAAAUCUCAAAAACAACAUUUAUUCAACCAAAUAAGACAAGAUAAUUUAAGAUUUGAGUCUGUUAUCAAAAGUGAAAAGUUGGUAGAAAGCAUAAUUCCAGAAGUAAAAUCGGAACCUAUGAAUAUUGAAGAAAUUGAGAAAGAUGCUGAAAGCUCCAUAAAAACAGAAAAUAAUCAGGAAAAUUUAGAACCCGAAUUGAAUAUAGGUAGCGAAAUUUUCGGAAAUGAUUUAGAUUGGGCUAGCGCUUGUGAUAGCUUUAUGGAACAAUUAAAAGUUGGUUGUCAUAAAAAGAAAUUGAGAAAACCCAGAGAAAUGAAUGACCAAGAAGAAGAUAAUAAGAUUGAGGAAAAUCAGAAAUCUGAUCCUAUUAAACCUGUGAUAGAGAAUCUUAUCGAAAAUGUAACAACUCCUGUAGUUAUAAAACAAGAACCGGUUGAUGAUGAUGAAAUGAUAGAAGAAGACGAACCUCUUAUAAAUAUCAUCCCCGACCUAAAUACAAAAGAUAAUUCAGAGAUAGAAAUUAGAAAUAGUAGAGUAGAAGCAAAAGAGAAAAAAGGUACAAAAGAAAAAGACAAACAAGAAAUAAUUAAAACUCCGAAAAAGGUAAAUGAUACCAAUAUAAACAAAACUAGUGAAAAACUGCAAAAAGUCAAAGCCAAAUCUAAAUCUAAACCGGACAAAAAUGACCACUCAUUACCGUCAACGAUUCCAAUAAAAAAGGAGGUUAAAGACAAAGAUCCAAUAACAACAGUCAUAAAAGAAGAAGCGGAAUCUACUGAUGAUGAUGAACCCUUAAUAAAAAGUAAAUUGCUUAAGGAGAAAGAACGUAGUGAGCAACUGAAGUAUCAACUAUUAAAAGAUUUAUCAGAGAAAUCAGCUUACGUAAAAUUGGAGUGUUGUGAUGUAGACGUUAAUAAAAAUACUAGAAAAUCAAUUGAAUCUCUUGUUAAAGAAGAAAAACAAAUUAAAGGAAAAUUUACCAAACAGUCAUCUAGACUUAAAAGCAAAAUAUCUUGUGAUAACAACAACAAAAAAGAAAACUUAAGUAAUGAUAUAAGUUCUGAUAGUGAUGAUGAUGAGCUUAGCGUAGCUAGUAGACUUCGACAACGCAAAACCAUAAAGACUGAAGACCAUAAACAAAGUUCAGCUAAAACGCCUACAAAAUCCUCAUCUUCAAAGAAACAAGAAAACACUGCCAGUAGCAGUUCUACGCCUGUUCGCAAGCCCGGUUUCGGAGAUGGAUCAGAUUUCCAUCCAGGCUGGGAAGAAGAAUUAUAUCGAUACAAACGAUCUCUUCGUAUGCCCACAAGGCUUAUUGCUAUUCCACAAGGACGUUCUAGUGGUACUUUUCCUAAAGGUUCUGGAGCUUUCUUUACACGUGGUUCUACCUCUUUGCCAGAUCUGGACCCAGCACCACUGUCACCAGCUCCUUCCUCAGCACCAUCAGCAGCUACCGAUGACUUAUAUGCAAGACGUCAAGAGAAACUUACGAUUGAUAGUGAUCUUGAAUCUAAUUCAAGUUACUCUGCCCCAAAUAAGUUACACUACGACUCGGAAGCUUCUACUUCUACAGUAUUUUCGAAUUCACAUGCUAAAAAAAAGCGUAGUUCAAUAGUUGAUGUUCUUAUUCAGAAAUGUGGUAAAAAGGAAGAUUCGAAAAAGAAAUCUAAAGAUAAAGAUGACAAGGUUCCAAAAAUUAUACCCAAGAGUUCAAAUGCAACUGAAUUAUUGCCCACGCCUAGUUUAGGCUUGAUAAAAAAUGGAAAUAAGGGUGGUUUAAGUGCGAAAAAGGAAAAGCUAAUGGAGGAUAUAUUUUACUUAGGUGCUUUCAGGAAAGAAACGGUGACUGCUUUUAGGAAUGCUUUUAUCAAAAAUACGGAAGGACUUAUAGGUGCUACAGAAGAGUUUGCGCCCGUAGUUCUAAAGUCGAGAACACGUACAGAAAGUAGAGUAUUAAAACAAAGAGCGACUAUAAAAGAAGUUUUCGGCGACGAGCGACCAGCGUCAGCUCCACCUUCAUCAUAUUGUGAGAAUGUACCAGAGGUUGAGGAAAAACAAACAGUUAAAGUUAAAAAAGAAUCUGUGCAGGAUGUGAAACCUAAAUUCAAAUCAAAGAAAAUUAUUAAAGAUAAACUAAAACGCAGAUCGAGUUCCAUAAGAGACGGCUUAAGGAGCACAAAAUCUCUCAAAAGAAACGAUGCUAAGGGAAGGUUACUUCGAUUGAAAAAGAGAAAUAGUUUGAUGAAGUCAUUAUCACACAAAAGAAUGAAAGAUGGUUCAAAUAACAAACAUAAGAAAGACACCAAUACAAUAUCGGGUGACAAAGAAAAACCCAAAGAUGAUUCUAAUUUAAAUGAUGUCCCGCCACCUCCAGAUGGUAAUAUUAAAAGGCGACUCAAACGCUUAUUUGGUAGAAGAAAAUUUAGUUCUGGAUUUGAUUAUAUAAGGAAGAAGAAAAAAAUUAUACGUCGCGAAGAUAGCAACCCAACAACUAAGAUACGACGUGCUGCAGCGAAACCGAGCCCAGAGUCUAUCCAUGACAUACAUAAAGAAAUAAAAAGUUGGUUUAUUAACAAGAGCAUUGGCGAAACACAUUUGCAUCGCGCCGCUAGACUUGGUUACACGGACUGUGUUGCAUAUUGCUUAGAAAAGAUGGAAGCAGACCCCUCAGCUAAAGACAACGCAGGAUUUACGCCACUUCAUGUGGCAGCUGCUAAAGGUCAUGUGCGAAUAGCUCGACUACUACUUCAGUACGGCGCCAAUGUGUCGGCGGCGGCUCAAGGAGGUAUAAGGCCUCUUCACGAAGCUUCUGAAAACAGCCAUGUGGAAAUAAUACGGCUGUUGUUGGCGUACGGCGCCGACCCGUUACUUGGCACCUACGCGGGCCAAACUCCAGAAGAACUGGCAGAAGGAUCAGCUGCGAUGUUGAUACGACUACACAUAUCCGAUGUCCAGGGUUACGCCACUGAGCCCUGGCGUUUCCCCCACCCUGCUGAUAUAAUCGAUCGCGAGGAGAUAGGCUGUGAUCCGCUGUCGUCGCCACCCCCAUCGUCGUCUCCGCCGCCAUCAGAUUGCACUAUGGAGAUACAGUGCACGGAAGCUCCUCUACCACCAUUUUACUCUUUGCGGUCUGUUACUGGCCAGCCUGCAGAGGGACUCUGGUGUCUUCUGCAGGAUAUCACCAAUUUAUUACAGAUAAAGUCUAAAGACAGUUUACUGAAGCAAAUUCAUUGCGGAUCAGGCUCACCUAAGGAGCUGCUGCGCGAGAUCAGAACUCAGGAGUUCCUUGAGCGAGCUCAGUGCCAUCAACUUCUGUGUGCCGGCGAGAAGGUCAACGUCCGCGCCUCUAAAGUGGCACUCGUGCGCGUCACUGACAAACUUAGACAGUUGCUGAAGAUCGAGACUGUCCUUAUUAGCUGACAUUAGAACCAUACAUCACAAUUUACAGUAUUUGUAUUACAUGAAGUAUACUCGAGUGGAGUUAUUCUAAUAUAAGCUCUCUUAUGAAAUAAUGAUACCUUGAAUCCAAGAAUGAAUUUAUGUUGACCAACUGAGUACCCGGGUAUUUGUAAACUUACUUUCUUUCAUAGAAAUCAAAUGGAUUCAAAAGAUUUUUAUUCAAUUCACGUAAUCGCGAUCCUAAUGCAUAAUGCAUUAUUUGAAUACGUGCAUUGAUAUUGGUUGAAUGCUAAUAUAAUCAAUUUAAAAAUCACUAUUAAAUAUGGUUGUAAUUUAAUUGUGUACCUAUUUAGUUUAAGAGAGAAGAAAAUGUAUACGGCAUAAUGCGGACGCUGACGGCUCAACAACGAGAUCUUUUACUUAGUUGACUGAUUAUUUUAAUCUAAACAAGAUAUAUCUCAUUUAAGAACAAUAUUAUUAAUAAAUAAAUAUUUGUUUUAUGAGACUGUGUAAGUUAAGGCAGCCAUUACAUAAUCAAAUAAUAAUUGUCAUUAUGGAUAUCUGGUUCAACUGAGAGCUUUAUAUUCAAGUGAUUUUAGAUAUUAAUGGUUUGAACAAUUACUGUACAUAUUGUAAAUAUAAUAAUAAUAAUAUUGAACGUAUUUUGCGUAAAUAUCGCUUUAAGUGUAUAUUAUUCUCAUGGGUGCUAUUUAACGUUGGUGUUUGGUAAAUUGGGCUAGUUAAAUAAAUGAUUAGAAACAGCGCUGCGGUAAGCUGGUUCGUUAGUGUAAUAAUACUUUAAUUAGGAAAUAUAAUAAAGAGCUAAAGUUACCAUAAAUAUACAUAAUACUUAUAAGAGUUAGCAUAAUCUUAAAUCGUGUGUGCAAUAGUAUACGUGAGUAUAUCGUUAAUUUGUAUAAUAGAUGAAUUUGUAUGAACGUGGAGGAAGGUAUCAGGCACAGGGUUGGACGAUGCCUUAAGCACACGAUUUCCGUACUUAAAUCAUUAUUAUGAAUAAGUGCAAUAUGUAUCGUAUGCAAAUCAGUUUUUUAAUCGUGCUCCUAAAAAUUAUCAGAAGCUGGUAUUACCAGUUUAUAUUUUCGUAACGUGUUGCCAUCAUCUAAUCGCUGUUUUCCUACCUUACUGCCGUGUUUUUUAUUAAACAAUCGUUACGCCGAUAGUUUUGAGAUUAUGCUAGUAUUUAAUUAAAUUUUUACAUACUUGCGCAGUUUUUUGUUUAUUGUUAUGUUUGCUAAAUCUGCCUGAAAUAUUAAGUUUAAUGUACAAUUAUUAUUUUGCUUAUAAUGUAAAUUGAGUUAUGUUUUUAUUUAUACACCCUGUAAUAAAAUUAGGAAAAUUUAUUAAAUCAUUUAUGCAUAUCGCUUAAUGUUGUAUAUAAAAAAUGUAAAAAAAAAUAUUUUAAAUUAUUUUCAAGCUAUAUCUUGUCGGAAUUCUUUAAUAUAUACAUCAGUGAAUAUUAUAUUUCAACAGGCAUUUAAUUUCAAUAUAUAUACACGUACCUGUACUUUAUUCUAACUCAUUCUAUACCUUUAUAAUAAACUGUUUCUUAAUAUCAGUCAAGUUCCGCCCUAAUUACGAGGAAACUAGAAACAAAGAAGUACAUAUUAAAUCUGUGAUGACAUUUUAGAAGAAAAUUUGAUCGAGGUUUAAAAUCAAAAAUAAAGAAUGUAGAAUAAAUGGAAUUGACGAUUAUACAACAUGUAUACUUUUCUGAAUGAAAUUAAAAGUCUUGUAAACCUAUCUGAUAUUAGCGGUACCUACAGUUUAAGUAUUAUCGUAAUUAUUGAUACAAUUCUUGUUGAUAACAAUAAAUCAAAAAUAAAAAUAUGUGAACAAUGAA